AUGCAACUCGAAGCCGCUCGGCACAUGGGCCACGUUGGUGACGUUGGGUCUGGAGGACAAGGCAGUUUGGUUCCUGGAGCAAGGAUACUUUCGCCAAAUACAUUCUCAGAGACUCCAGACGGUCACCACCCCCCAAUCGGCCUCAACAUCAACCUUCACUAUGACGAUGGCAAUACCGAUGGCACGACGUCCUCGCCCAACCCCAAGGUACAUGCGGAAAGGCUUCUAUCUGGCGCCGGCACCAGUUCUGACAUGACACAUGUCAUUGAUGAGUAUUCGCCAAACCAUGUUGCUGGCAAUCCCAGUGCUUCUCCCCCUCGGGUCGUUACCAUGACACAGACCGUCACAGUUCCCCAAGCAGGUGCCGGCUCGGGCUCAGGUACUGGUUCCUAUGCGUACGGUGGUUAUCAAGGUGCGAAUGCCGGCGGCAGCGGUGCUGGGUCAUAUGACUUUGGUGCCGGAAGUGGUAGCGGCGUGGGCGGAAAAGGGGCUUAUGGUGCGGGUGCUGGGAAUGGGGGCUCUGAUCCUGCGGCAUAUGGUCCUCCUGGUGGAGGCAAUGGCCAAACACUCACUGUCAUCGAGACAACAACCAUCUGUCUGAGUUCAGCUCAACAGUCGCCGGCAGAAGGCUAUGGCAACGGCGGAGGCGGAUCACCACCAUGUCCAGCAGGCAACGGCAACGGUAACGGGAACGGCAAUGAGGCAUGUCAACCUUCUCAGCCUGCUUUGCAAGGCCCGCUGGUCGAGACAGUCUUCAUCUUGGGCACCCCAAGUCCAAUGGCCAUUGCUCCAACAAGCUGUCCAGCCGGAGCCGGAGCCGGAGAUGGGAACAGAGACGACGGUUCACAAUAUGCAGCCCAAGCCGCACCUGCACCUCCUCCUCCCCCUCCACCACCACCAGUCUAUGUGACAAUCACUCAAACAGUCGCUGCACCACCUCCUCCACCCUCCCCAGCCCCUGUUCCGUUGGCGGCUGUUUCGUUUGAUCCUCCAGCGUACGCUCCUCCCAACACGGUUGCAUACUUGGGAGCCAAGGGCGCGGGUUUGCAGCAACAAGUCGCAGACGAGACUACAACGUCUUUCUACACAGCAAUCACUGCUGCUCCCCAUUUCCAACAAUCAGGGGCAGCGGGCGCAUAUGGCGACCCACCAGACAGUGAUGGUGCAGUUGCGCCGAUUCCCGCGAUCCCACCGUCGAUCUGGGGUGCUGGUCCAGCCCAAGUUACGGCAGCAAAAGCGGCGCAGGAUGGCCCGUCUCUUGUGAUUCUGUCAGCGGCCCUUGGGUUUAUCCUACUGCAGGCUCUUUUCCUCACAUUCUAG